AUGAAAUGCCAAAAGCCGUUCGGCAUUGAGAUACUUGCCUCAAUUCUGUCCUACUUGGACGACGCUGACCUGUCCAGAUGCGCUACUGUCAGCAAAGAGUGGUCAAGCAUCUCGCUUGACUUGAAAUGGUCCACUGUCACUGAUUUGGUUCGAUUGCUUCAUGCGCUCAUCCCUCUCAAACAAGGAGCAAACAAUGUAUACCGAUUUUCUCGUACGCUGGGCCCGGCUGACUGGAAGCGCUUCGAGCCGACGGCCGCAAGAGUCCGGCACCUCCGAUACUUGCAGGAUGCGACUACCAGCGGGCGUAUUCACCCUCAGUCGUUCCAGGAUAUCGGCUUCACGCGUCUGAGAAUUGACAUCCUUCCUAAUCUACGUACCCUCGCAUGGGGGAUCGAUCCCAUCCAUUCCGUGCUCUUUAUGCAUCCCGGCGUCCGCGUUUUCGUCGCGUCGUUCACGACUAUGCAGGUACUUGCACUCCCGAACCUUUUCUCCAAUGUAGCCAUACGGAUUCCGCAACUCAAGACUCUCGAUCUCCGCACAUCGGUUCCGGUUAAUACCAUUCAGCAGGAUUUUAUACGACUCAUUCAACAACUCCCUGGGCUCGAAAGUAUAAACCUUCCUCCGAAUUAUCUGACCGAUGACUGCAUUGACGCGUUAUCGCGUCUUUCUCAGCUCAAAAAGAUCACACUUUCCUCCGAAGGCCCAGGGAAGCUUGUCGAUUUACCGGCAUCCGUUGCAACACCCUCACCAGGGAGCUUUCCCUCUAUCUCGUCUAUGUCUUUCUCCCUUCCCUUCGCCGCUUCAACGCGACUUAUAUACAAUCUUUCUGGAUGUCGUCACCUGGAGGAGUUGGGUGUUCAUUCGACUGAGCUCGGGUCAGAAGUCGGUAUCCACGAUCUCCUCGAGGCCAUCUGCAGCAGCGCCCCAUCUGUGAAGAAAUUGUCUAUACACCCGAAAAUUCGAUUUCCGCAUGAGGAUCCCAAAAUCACCUUACCCUUCGAGCACUUACGUCCGAUUUCCAAUCUAACAGAGCUCACACAUUUAUCCAUCCACUACCAACACGCUCUAACACUCUCAACCGUCGAUCUCGCGCAAUCGCUCCCGAACCUCCAAUCAUGUUACCUUAACCCAUACAUCCCAAACCUCUCAAACCCGUUCCACCUUGAUUCACUAAUUCCGUUCGCGCGGCACUGUUUCCAUCUCCGCGAACUUGGGCUAUACCUCAGUGCGUCGGAGGAAGGAGUAUCCCUGUAUUCGAACCCACCAGCCUUCCGCUCACUCGUCACGUUGGAUGUAGGGAAUUCCCACAUAGAGGACCACCUCCCUGUAGCGCUGUUCCUUGCGCAGCUCAUCCCGUUUCGCUGUGUGAUCACUACGCAAAUGACGGUGGUGUGUGGUGGUGGCGAGGAGAAUGGCGAUGGGGGCAAGACAAACUGCGACCAUUGCUUGUGUAAAGCGUGUUCGCGGCAUCAACAAUGCUGGGCAAAGGUUCAGCAUAUGGUUGGGGCUCUGGUACGAUGGCGGGUAGAGGAAAGAAGGAAAGCCAGGGCAGAGAUCCGAGAAGAAUUCGCGCGUUUGCAUCCUCCUCUGGGUCAGCUCCAAAAGGAAGACGCAGACGCCCAGGUAGCGAACAGCGAUAAAAACGACGAAUUAUCUAAUGUUCCGUCGAUAAUACACUCCCCUCAAAUACCUUCUCUCCAGGGUGUGAUACUCAUACCUGAUCACGACGAUGCGCCUCGGCAGUCUUCCUCUCAUCCACCGUCCAUAGAGCUCAUACCGAAGUUUCAAUCCCGCGAUAUCGUCACUGCAGCAUUGACUGGGACGUCUUCAUGGCCGGGCAUGAUCGUCGAUCUAAAGAAUACCCCGUCAUUAAUGCUGCGCACGGAACGACCUAACGGUGUCGAUGGUGACGAUAUGUUUCUCGUCCGUUUCUUCCCUCGGGGGGAUUACGCGUGGAUACCGUCAAAGGAUAUCAAACAUCUCACUAACGACGAGAUUGAGGCAUUUUUAGAGGAGCCAUACAAGAAGAGCGAGGAAAUCUUACAUGCGUAUACAAUUGCGCUCGACCCUGGAGAAUGGGAGAUGCUUACAGAGGAACGGCUAGCAGCUGAGAGGGAGGAAGGGGACGGGAGUUGUCCUCCACACCUCAAGAAGCGGAGGGGUACUCACCGUAGCUCUGGUGUGGGUGUGGGUUUGGGUUUGCCAGUUGAGGGUAACGUGAAUGAGAAUGGCAAGGGUGUGGUUAACUCUGCAUCACCUGCCCCUCAUCAACACGAUCUAUCCUUGAACGAGGAAGCACAGAAAGUACGCAAGUGGAGGUGCGCAUUGCAAAAGUGCUUCUUAACUCCAAAAAACCCCCCGAAAGAAGAGAAUAUGCCCGCAAUGGACGAUAUAUUCACGACAAUCGAGAAUUUCCCAAACAUGAAGCCCGAGUACCUCCAGUUCUCAAAACUCGCGAAGGUAAUGCGACUCAUAUCUUCGCUCGAAGACGGAGUCCUCCCGCUGGACGGCGAAUUCCGAUUCCGGAGUCGAGCAACGAAGUUGGCUGAAAAGUGGCAUUAUCCACUUCCUACUACGAACGCGCCUCAAGCUGACGUUGCGUCGACCGGUUCGUAG